AUGGACCAGCAACUUAUCCAACCACCCCUAGACUACUCCAACCACAGCGCUGGUAGGGUCGUUGGUGUUGUUAUUCUCGGGUUCAGCGCCACAUUCGUGGUUGUCCUAAGGUUUUGGGCGCGCAGAUUGACUAGGCAGGCCUUUGGACUGGACGACUAUCUCUGCGCAGCGUCCCUCUUCUUCCAGCAUGCUCUCAUGGUAGCUAGUUGCGUGAGCAUGGUGCGUGGUGGAGUGGGUCGCGACAUGAGGGUUACUGCCAGCGAGGAUCCUCAUUCUGUGGUGGUCUUGUUCCAGUCCCUCUUUGUGGCCGAGAUUGCCUAUACCUACAGCUCUCCCCUAAUCAAGCUAUCAGCAUUGGCCUUUUAUUGGCGCGUCUUUCCAACGCGAACAGUCAAUAUAGGCUGCAAAAUUCUUGGGUCAAUGUGCAUUGCUUGGUGUAUUGCCAUAACUAUUCUCAACUUUGUACAGUGCCGGCCGCUGCCAGCGUUCUGGUACAUCGAGCUUCAAGCCCUUUCGACCACGACAUGUCUAGACCCAAUACUCUGCUUUCUCGCCAACUCGAUCAGCAACUGUGUCAUUGAUUUCUUUACCUUGACAUUGCCCAUCCACGAAGUUUUGAAAUUGAAGACAAGCAUGCGGAAGAAGAUCAACAUCUGCGGAGUGUUCCUCAUUGGUGGCGGUCGUCAAGAGUUGGCAAAACGUCCAGUGCAAGCAGAGAAACUAAUUCGCACCCCAGUGCAAUUCUACCCUUCGGGCGUCGCCACAGUUGUUGAGAUAUACAUAGCCAUCAUCGCGGCAUGCGCUCCAACGCUGGUGCCUGUCUACCGCAAGCUGAGGUUCGGCGACCCUCUCAAGAGCAUCAGCACAGCGCCGUCCAAAGAGACGCCCGCGAGCGGCGUCACUACUAUCGGCGAAGCCUCCUUCCAUCGUAACCACUUUUCCAACAAUAAUGGCUCGUUCGAGCGGUUGGCCGAUAUCGAAGAUGGCUUUACCCCUGCCGACCACUACGGCAGCCGCAGCAUAAAUGUUAGCACCGGGCACAGCAACAAAAAUUUGAAUCGCGAAACCGGCAUCGGCAUUCCUUUGGAGGGCAUCAUGAUAAAGCGUGAAACAGUUUUAUCGGAGGGGACUGCGGGGGAGAUGCACUACCUACUACGACUACUGGAAAUCAAUCCCGAGAUCUGUGAAUUAUGGCACCACGGAGAAGCACCAGCUGCUGUGCAGCUGGUGAAAACCUUAGGCGACCUGCAAGCCCUUUUGGCCGUCAAGAAGAUAAUGCCACGCCUCCGCUUUGGCGCCCCCGGUCCCGCCAACGGUUACGCAAAUCAACUCCGAGUCUCUCACCAGCCUUGGGUACCCAAUUUCAGCCGCCUGUAUGAAACAGCUUUGAUCAUCGACCCGAAUGUCUAUGCCAGUAUGAGUGCCCCGGCCUCCGAUUCGCAGCCUGCCAAGCGGCCGCGCUGUGAUGGACAGACUCCAAAAUGCAGGAAUUGUACCAGGACCGACCGAGAGUGCCUCGUUGAAGAUCCGGCAACGGGCUUGCAUCGUCCUAGAGACUACAUUCGCUCAUUAGAAGCCCGUGUUGCGUAUCUCGAGGGUCUUCUCCAAGACUCGCGGCCUGAAGUAGCUCUCGAUCAUCUUGAUGCAGUCUCCCCCCCUCUACCUGGGGCCCAGCUCGAUGAGGGAGUCGUCAAUGGAGCGCGUGGCGUUGAUGACGACGCGGGACAGGGUGAUAUACUGAGUAAUGAAGUCGCCCUGCUCUGUUUGGGGGCAGCUGGGCGCGAGCCGCAGUAUUUCGGCCCUUCCUCUGCCGUUCAUUUCUCGCGCGUAGUGAGUUCAACUAUUGGACUGUCUCGCCGGAGCGAAAACCAUGGCUCCGAAUGGGGCAGCGUAAGCGAAGCUGGAGAGCGCGCCGGACAUGCUGUCGCGAUUGACUUCCCAAGUCCGAGCAAAAUGGCCAAGCUUUCCGAAGCAUAUUUUCAGAAUAUUCAUCCGCAAUAUCCAUUUCUCCAUCGCCCUACAUUUCGGCUGAUGGAGAAAGAGUGUCUGGACGCCACUAUACAAGGCGAUCCGACUAGGGCCAGUGGUGCAUCUCUAUUUUUCGUUUGUGCUACCGGUUGUCUCACCCUUGGGCCUUCCGCGAUAGAUGAAGCCGAGAGUUAUUAUACCAUGGCAAUGAGGCAUAUUGCUCCAUUGUUAGAUCGCGACAAUAUUCAAUCAGUGCAAACUUUGCUUUGCUGCGCUAUUUACUCCAUAAGGUCUCCAAUAGGAGCAAGUUUAUGGAAAAUCUCUGGCAUGGCCAUCAGACAUUGCAUUGAACUUGGCUAUCAUCGUAGCGCAGAGCGUUACCGGAGCUCUGCAGAUAUAUUGACCAAGGAGAUGUCCAAGAGGUGUUUUUGGGUAGCCUAUGAUAUUGAUCGGGUAGCAUCAUUUAUAUUAGGCCGCCCUGUUGGUAUUCCUGACAAAGUCAUUGACGUCGAGCUUCCUAUGGACAUUGAUGACGAGUCUCUCACAUCGAACGGAUUGCAGGGUGAACCGCGGCUGAAUGCAGCCGAGCCCCCAACUUCCAUGACUGGAGCACUCCACGCAAUCAACUUGCGUCGGUUGUGGUCAAAAUUCAACGAUGCUCUGUACUCCAAUGCCACUUACGGCCAGCCCGGAGGCUCAAUUGAGAGUCUGCGCCAAGAACUCGAAGAAUGGCGUGCGACUAUUCCAGAAAAGUUGGUCAACAACCAGACUCGAGCUUUCUCCGUCUUUGCUUCCAAUGAUUGGUUUCAGCUUGCUUAUGACUACUCGAUAUUGCUUCUCUAUCGCCCAUAUAUUGUCGGUGUCUACUCAGAUUCCGGCAGAAGCCCGCGGUCCCCAGUCCAAGGGCUACACGCAGAUGCACAACAACGUGCGUUUGAGAUAUGCUCCGAUAGGGCGAGGGACAUGUGUCUACACUAUAGACGCCUUUAUCAGAGUCAGGCAUCGCAUAUACAAUUCACGUGGGGCAGUUUACAUAUUUUGUUCCUCGGUGGAUUGACUUACCUUUAUUGUCUGUGGCGGUCGCCCCUCCUCCGUCAGCAAACAAAAGCCACUACAAUCAUGAAUACAUGUAUGGCUUGCACUACAGUUUUAACAAUUAUUGCCGAGCGCUGGGGUCAAGCGUCAUCAUACCGUGACAUUUUCGAGGUUCUAUCAGAACGGACAAUGGACUUGGUCUACAGAGGAACCAGCGACUCGUGCGAAGUCCGCAGCGACUUGCCGCCGCCGCCUGCCGCGCAGCUGGAAGGGCUGAUAUCGGGCAUUGCGGUCGAUCAUCUGAUGGAGAAUCCUGGUGCGCCCGAUUAUCAAUUUUCGCUUCAAGACUGGAUUAUGAGUCUGGACUAUUCAAAUGCCCCAGGAGAUCCGCAAUGGUUGGCUCAAGAACUAUUGCAAGGGAUGAGAGACCAAACUUGA